AUGAUUGCUGUCAUCAAAGCCAAGAAACAGCACAUCUUUACUGAAGCGGAUCAUGAGGCGCAACAAUCUUUGCAACGUUUGCGAGUACAAAGGAUCGACAUUGAAAACAAGGUCAAAAACAUCGAAACAGCAGUAGGAAAAUCUGAAACGCUAUUAAAACGAAGCACGAACGCUGAGCAUACGGAGAUAGAUAACACACUGAGCACAAUAAUCCCGAAAGAAGUCGAUGAUGAGCGAGAAGUGGACCGUGACCUUGAAGGACUACAUCAAUUUAUUUUCGAGGAAAACGAAUCCUUAAAGAAAAAAACAAACGAUGAAGGAAUCGGCUUCAUUAAAACGUUUCUCAACGUGACCAGAGGGUAUCAAUCGAUUGCUGAAGGAAAAGGACUCGCUGAGACGAUUGUUGGAAUUCAAGCGAACUUUGUUUUGAUAACAAGAAAUGUUGAAGGACAACAAUGCUACGAAAAGCGUGACCGAGUAACAGCAAAAAUAAAAAAUCACCAACGCCAUGACUGUGCAACAGAAGUUCGAGUCCAAGAUAAGAAAGAUAAAAGCUACAAGAUCAGCUAUUUCGCCAAAGAAAGUGGAAGAUGUGAGGUGGUAGUCAAAGUGAACGAAGAACAAGUUCAAGGCAGUCCAUUUCCGGUUCAAGUGAAACCCAGAAAGUUCAGACCCGUGCUAUCUUUUGGACAAUACGGUUCGUCUGCUGGAAUAUUAAAACUACCCAGGGGAGUAACAGUGAAUGAACACGAUGAAAUUACAGUGACUGAUACUGGUGACCGCAAGGUUCAGGUAUUCAGUGGUGAUGGAACCUACCUACGGUCGUUUGGUAGGAAAGGUAAUAAACAGGGAGAGUUUGAUUACCCAAGCGGAAUAACAAUACACGAGACUAAUAACAUUAUAAUCGCGGACACCGGUAACAACCUUAUGAAGCAAGCUGUUGAUUAUAUGAGCUAA